AUGUCCUCCCACAAUGAAAACAACUCUGAUGUGAUGUCGAAGAGGAGAAAGAAAUCCGCACUCACAGUUCCGCUUGUUCCUUGCGCUCUUCCAGAGUCCAUGCGCCAAGUUCUCGGCGCUCGAAGAAACGAGAAGAAUUAUCCUCAUGUUAUAGCUAUCUCAGAUUCCGAUGAAGAAAUUGAAAUCAUAGAAGAGAAAUCCACGCGCCCGAGAAAACGAUCGAGCGAGCAAAUCCGUUACACAAGUGACCCUGACGACAUUCCAUUGCAUUUGCUGAUUCCAGCUCUAAACCAAUGUCAAAAUCGAGCAAGACGAAUGGUCGAUCUCUCUCGUCAACCGCACAAAGAAAGAAACUCUCGAGAAAAUGAGGGAAAUAGAAGAAAGAUCAGAAUCGAGGAAGAAGUUCGACGAAAUAUAACCUAUUGCCCCACACAGUUGACGAUAGUUUUCCAUGUCCAGCUGAGGAUGCAUCAGUCGGAGGGAAUACUUGAGCAGCUCGCUAGAGUAGUCAAAGGCAAUCGGCUGGAGACGAGCAAAAGUAUACCGACAAUUCUAGGCGAUGGAUCAUCGAACCUCAGAAAUUGCAGCCGCUGUCGAACAAUUAGCUACCCAGCCGCGAGAAACAACCCUCAGCAGACGCAAAGUAAUUAUACAGUUGAUCUGUACGCAGCCAGACGAACACGACGUGUGCUAAUAGAACGAUGGAAAAUGACUUUAAAACAAGAGCCGGCGCAGGACGCCGCAGCUACACCCUCAUCAAUUCAACUUCGACAAAGCGUUUUCUACCAGGCCCUCAAAAGCAGCCUUCAUUUUUCAACCAUCACAGCAAUCCUCAAAACCGAGUUCAGAGUAACAAUUCAAUCUAGCGAGCGAUCAGGGGAUUUCUUAGACCCUAACUCCCAAUUUCAAUUCUCGCCGAACGUCCAGAAACUUCCAGUUGCACCGCUAGAUGGCGGGAAAGAAUUGCUUGUGUCCAUAGAGUCUUUGCCGCGCACAACCGUGCCGGAUAUACUCUCCAUUCUUUCUGCUUCGGCCGAUCUACCUCAUUUCGCUUCCACUUCGGAUUGCUUUGGGCUUUCUCCUAAAAACCCUCCGCCGGCUACACCUGAGCCCAUUCGACCAAACCAUUCAAUCCGCGCUUGUUCUUCCUCCUCAUCUCCGAAGACCGCCAAGUCAAGUCCUGCUCCUUCAAAAAGAUUAUCCGGGUUGCUGGACGACUCAGGAUAUGCUCAUUCUUCGAACUUUUCAGCAUUGGACGAUGACCUUUACUCACCCCCUUCCAAGAUUACUCGACGAGAAAUUUCCUCAACUACAGGCACAGUCAGGAAUCUACUCACAAGUCCACCGAUUGAAAGACAACUCAAAUAUCAACCUGAGGGACCUUUGCAAUCGCGCAAAUCAUUUAAGUUUCCAACUAUCCGCAGAAAUGUAUCACGCUCGCUCCUUGUCAACUUCGAGGAAUCUAUUUUACAAGAGCGUCUGCGAUGUGUCGGAAAUUUGGAAGGAUUUUCAAUCGAUAUUGGUGCGAUUGGAAGCUUCUGUCCAGCCCACCUGAGAAAGAACCUAUCUGUGCGGCAUUUUGCAACAGACGAGGACUCACUUGUAGCUCUACCUUCGCCUUACUUGGGGACAGUGAAGCUCUCGCGAAAUAUGAAACCUAAAUCCGGCUACCAAAUCCCUAAAUCUGGAUACAUUCAACUGACUUUGCUCAACCCAGAGGGCUCGGUCGUGCGCCUCUUCUCGAUUUCUUACGACUUCAACGAUAUGCCUCCCUCCUCGCGAACAUUUCUUCGACAUCGCACCGUGCACAAAGAAACAAAGAAACUACGAUACCUCAUCCAACUUAAAGCACUAAGUUCCUUGAAGGGAACGCGAUUUUACCUACAUGGCGAAGUCAAGGUCGUCUUCUCAAACAGUUACAAAACUCAGGCACUUGGUGACGAAGAGUUCCAAUCCUUAGUGGAGUAUCCUUCUCCCAAAUAUUCGACCAUUUCAAAGCCACCCUCAGUUCCAUCGGUAGUAUCCUCCUCUGCUGCCGUCCAACGUGUCAAGAAAAAUCUGACCUUUGAAGUGUCUUCCCCUGCAUGUUCGGCUUCUCAGUUUGUGCCCUGA